CCCGGAAGAAGAAUAUUUUUUGUCCUGUCAGUUGUCGUCAUCGAUCGUGCCAAAACAACUCCUUACUAGACUGGGAUAGAAAUGGCUGGAACAGCUUUAAAAAGACUCAUGGCAGAAUACAAACAACUAACACUUAAUCCUCCAGAGGGAAUCGUGGCAGGGCCUGUGAAUGAGGAGAAUUUCUUUGAAUGGGAGGCUUUGAUAAUGGGGCCAGAGGACACAUGUUUCGAAGGUGGCGUGUUUCCUGCUAUCCUCAGUUUCCCGUCAGAUUAUCCCCUCAGCCCUCCUAAGAUGAAGUUCACCUGUGACAUGUUUCAUCCUAACAUUUAUCCAGAUGGACGUGUGUGCAUCUCAAUCCUCCACGCACCUGGCGAUGACCCAAUGGGCUACGAGAGCAGCGCUGAGAGAUGGAGUCCCGUGCAAAGCGUUGAGAAGAUCCUGUUGUCUGUGGUCAGCAUGCUUGCCGAGCCAAACGACGAGAGCGGAGCAAACGUGGACGCUUCCAAGAUGUGGCGUGAGGACAGAGAGCAGUUCAAUCGGCUUGCCAAGCAGAUCGUACGCAAAUCUCUGAGUCUCUGACUCAUCCACACACAGACACACGCGCACACACAAACACACACUCCCGGACAGCGAGGAUUGACGUUUACGAUGGACAUAAGCUCUGGACAGAAGAGCAGAGUUUCUGUGCUGAGUGUUGUAGUGUACCACCCCCCUACCUCCGCCAGUGUGAGCACUUUAUUAUAACCAGGCUUGCCGGUCCAGUCCCUUUCGCUGCGAUGAGUGGACGGAUAGUUUGAAGUAUGCAAAACGUCACACUUUCACCGGACAGUGUUUCUUUAGAGAGUCAAGAAUCAGUCGCAGAAUAAGUACACGAGACAACGAUUCACAGCCAUUUUGGACUGUUGCUCUGGUUUGCCUGUUACCUGUCCAUACAUCCAUGAGAUAAGCAAUGGAAUGCAGCUUUUGGUUUGAUAAUAGUAUGCCGAUGCAUGCUUUAAUGCCUCUUUUUAUUAAAUUGCGUAAGGAAAAACAUAUAGAGGCAGUAACCGAGACUCGAUCAGAUCCACCUGUUUGUUUAUAAAGUGAUUAUAUUACUGAUCUUUUGGGAAUGAUGAAAAAUAUGUCUGUGGAUGUAGUUAUAAUAAAAGACAUUUUAAUGAUAUUUGAUACAGUAAUUUGAUAAGUUAGGAUCUUAAGUUAAAUCCACUCAGUGCAUUAGUUCAAAUUUGGAAUUACAGAAAGAGCAGAAGUUUGGUUUUGAUUUACAGUAGUGCUUUUAUUUUAUUUAGUUUUUCAUCUCUUCUUUAGGAUUGUUAAGUAGAACCAAUUUUUAAAAUAAUAAAUGUUGGUGAUUUAUGAA